UAUAUAUAUAUAUUUAUAUGUUUAUAUAUGUAUAUGCAUGUAUUGUACAUAGCGUAAAGAAACCAAAAACACUCCGCACUUAUAUGUAAAUACACCCCUUCUUUCUUAUAAGCUUAUUUCCAAUAUAAACUGCAAGAAGUUUUAGGCUUGAAACCCUUACAUCUUAACAUAAUACCAGCUAUGUUAUAUUGCAUGUUCCUAACUUGUUCGUUAUAAAGAUAUCUAACUCUGCACAGUGAUAUCUUAACAUGCACUUUCUUAUAAUUAAAGAGUUAUCUCUUGUUUUUUGAGGUAAAAGCUUAAAAGAGGGUGUUUUUUUAUUUAUCAAAUUCACCUCGACUGUUUAAUUUAAUUGUGCAAAAUUUAUACUCAACAGCAUUGAAAGCCGCUGUUCUUAUUCAAAAAUGGUAUAGACGAUAUCAAGCGAAAUUGGAGGUUAGGAGAAGAUGCACCUGGAAUAUUUUUCAAACUAUAGAAUACUCAGGAGAGCAAAAUCAACUAAAGCUUUAUAACUUCUUUAUUGAUCUUAUUGCGCAUAUGCCGAAAGAUGGUAAUAGCAAUGGGAAACACUUCUUAAUUGGUCAUUCGCCCAAACCGUCAAACGAUGAUGAUGCAGCUCUAGUAGAUGAAACCAAUCCAGAAGAUAUUAAUGUUCCGCAGUCUUAUAGAGGUCCUCGACUAUCAGUUCCAUUGAAUUUAAAUCAAGUUCACUCCCUUAUAAACGCCUUUAAGAAAAAGCAGCAACUGCACGCUAAAUAUGUACUUCUUGUUCUGCAUGAAGCCAGGAAAAUACUUAUUAAACGCCCAACAGUUCAGCAUGCAUCCACAGCAAUAUCCAAACAAAUAACUAUUUGUGGGGAUUUACAUGGAAAAAUUGACGACUUAUUCAUCGUCUUUUAUAAGAAUAACCCACCAGCUGUGGAUAAUCCUUAUGUAUUUAACGGAGAUUUCGUUGACAGAGGCCAAUAUUCAGUGGAAAUAUCCGUCCUACUAUUCGCUUUCCUUGUUAUUUUUCCUAAUGAAAUAUACAUAAAUCGCGGCAAUCAUGAAGAUAAUAUAGUUAACAUGAGAUAUGGCUUCAUUAAGGAAAUUAUGAACAAGUAUAAAGAACAUGCAACCAAAAUAAUACAAUUGUUUAGCGACGUGUUUAGUUGGUUACCUCUCGCUACCGUGAUUGACGAUAAAGUUCUGGUUGCUCAUGGUGGUAUUUCCGAUAGGACUGAUUUGGAAUAUUUGGCAAAUAUCGACAGACAUAAAUAUAUUUCCGCUCUUCGACCUCCAACCUAUAGCGGGGGUCAAUACGAUCCAAGAGCUGGCGAUUCUGAUAUUGAUGAACAAGUAGAUGUUAAAGAAUGGAGACAAAUUUUAGAUAUACUAUGGAGUGAUCCCAGGCCGAAUAUGGGAUGUGCACCUAAUGCUUUUAGGGGUGGAGGUGUUUAUUGGGGUCCUGAUAUAACAAAAAUGAUCCUGGAAAAACAUGACAUGGAAUUGUUAAUUCGAUCCCAUGAAUGUAAACCGGAAGGAUAUGAAUUCGCUCAUGGAAACAAAGUACUCACAAUUUUCUCUGCUUCAAAUUACUAUGAAGAGGGAAGUAACAAGGGAGCCUAUAUAAAAAUGGGCACAAAUCACAAACCCGAACUCUUUCAAUUUACAUCCGGCAAAGCACACGCCGGACGUAAACUGACUACACGACAAAGAUUGAGUCACAUUGAAGAGUCAGCAUUGCAGGAUUUAAAGUCAACAAUAUUAGCACAUAAAUCUGAAUUGCUAACGGCCUUUGUCAAACAUGACCCAUUAAACACUGGUAUGCUGGAAGCUGGGAUAUGGUGUGAUUGUAUGAAUACAGUAUUAGAGAUGGAACUACCUUGGCGAAGUUUACGGCAUAGCUUAGUCAAACACGCAGAAGGUGGACAAGUGCUUUAUAAUACUGCGUUUGAAGAGCUUUCAAUAAAAAAUACCAAAUUAGUAAGCUUUGUGUUAUUCCUCUAAUUAAUUUAGUUGCGUAAUAAUCAAAAAAACCUUUUUCUUUCUUCUAAGGCUUCUGGAGAAACUAAUACAAUGACUGAAAUGCUAUAUAGAAAUAGAGAUAAUCUGGAAUUAAUUUUUCGAAUGAUGGAUAAAGACAACUCAGGAAGCAUUUCAAUGCAAGAGUUUGCUGAAGCAUGCGAAAUCUUGAGUAGACAUACUGAUGGAAGCUUAUCAAAAGAGAGUAUUUUGGAUCUUGGAAAGUCAAUUGAUAUUAAUAAAGACGGUCAUAUUGAUUUUAAUGAAUUUCUUGAAGCAUUCAGAAUUGUUGAUAUGGAAGGUAGAAGCUUUGGAAAGUCCUCUCCAGCCAGGAGUAGAAGUGGCAGUAUGUUAUCCGGCCAAUAAGUAACAUAGAGAAGACUUAAAAUAUGAUAAAAAGAAAUAAUUUAAAACAAGGUAUAAUAAGCUACGUCUGCACACAACAGUAUUAUUGUCAUGGAUGUAAAAAAUUUUCUAGAUAAAUAACUGAAUAAAUUAUUUCGUCUUUGUUCCUUCUAAAAUAUUAAUAGGAAUAAAACAUGUUGUCUUUUGAUAUUCUUAAGUAUGCAUUGGGCC